GCAAAACCGCUUGAAGAUGAAAUGCCGACGCUAGCAAAUGAAAGACGCGCUCCACAACAAGUACUUGAACUUGGAAAGAGAAGACCAAAGAAAAAACAAAUAAAUCUAAUAGUUCCACAAACAUCCUUGGAAUUGUGGACCAAGAUGGAGUCUAGAGGGUUGUUAUCAGCUUAUCUACAGCUGUCUAAAUCAAAACUCACUAUGCUCAUUACGUCUACAGCGGUUGCUGGUUUCCUGAUGGCCCCUGUAAGUGUAUCGGCACUGCCGCUUCUAGCAUGCGCAACAGGCACUGCUUUAUUAUCUUCGGCUGCCAAUGCUUGUAACCAACUACUAGAAGCGCCCUAUGAUGCUCAAAUGAAGCGAACACAAAGCAGAGUACUUGUUUUCAACGCCUCCUUUAAAUAUCAUGUCUAUAUUUUUGGGUUUUCUCCUCUUCAUGCAUUAUCGUUUGCCGGUGUAGCCGCUACAUCUGGUGUAGCAGCGUUGUGUAUAUUUGCAAAUCCUCUCGCAGCCGCUCUGGGUGCUUUGAACUUGGUGAUCUAUGCUGGUAUUUAUACUCCAUUGAAAAGGACCCAUAUUGCGUGCACGUGGGCUGGAGCUGUGGUUGGUGCGAUUCCGCCGCUCAUGGGUUACGCGGCAGCUACAGGAACCUUAGAUGCGCCAUCAUUGUGUCUUGCUGCAAUAUUGUACUCAUGGCAGUUCCCUCACUUUAACGGUCUGUCCUGGAAUCUUAGAGGAGACUACAGCAAAGCUGGAUAUCGCGUCAUGUGCGUCACUAAUGAACGGCUAUGUCGAGUGACAUCAAUCCGGCAUAGCUUAGCUCUGGUUGGAUUAUGUUCUGUGGUUGCACCGUUGACCAACUUGACGACCAUUACUUUCGCUCUAGAUUCGCUACCAGUGAAUGCUUACAUGUGCUGGUUGGCCUACAAAUUUUAUAAAGCUCCAGAUGCACAAAAUUCGAGGCGAUUAUUCUUCUAC